AUGGCCCGAACCAAGCAAACCGCCCGCAAGACCACCGGAGGUAAAGCUCCCCGAAAGCAGCUCGCCACCAAGGCUGCCAAGAAGAGCGCACCUGCAACCGGUGGCGUCAAGAAGCCCCACCGAUUCCGACCUGGAACCGUCGCUCUCCGAGAGAUCCGACGAUACCAGAAGUCGACCGAGCUUCUCAUCCGAAAGCUCCCCUUCCAGCGACUCGUCCGCGAACUCGCCCAGGCCUUCAAGACCGAUCUCCGCUUCCAGUCCUCCGCCGUCAUGGCCCUCCAGGAGGCCUCUGAGGCUUACCUUGUCGGUCUCUUCGAGGACACCAACCUCUGCGCCAUCCACGCCAAGCGGGUCACCGUCAUGCCCAAGGACAUGACUUUGGCUCGACGAAUCCGAGGCGAAAUGAACUAA